AUGGCAAGCCCGGCUCACUGUUUCUUCUGUUUUGAAGUCCUGUCCGCCAGUUUCGAACGCCGAGACCCGCCUACACUGCAAAAAGUCCUUGACUUGUACGAAGCAUACAAAGCCAAAGCACCCCCGCAGGAUGAGGGUACAGAAGCCACGGAAGAAGAGGAUGUCGAGAUGGAGUCGCAUACAGCGGAAAUAGAAGAAGAUGACGAACACGGGGAAGAAGACGACGGCGAUGAUGGCGACCAUGAGGAGAAUCACCGCAUUGCACGUCGAGACGUCGGUAAAUCUGGACUUCAACUGCCCAGUAUUUCCCGAUUGCAGGCGCGGUCAUCGUCCUCCAGGUCGUCUUUAGCAUCCUCUCCGUCGGUUUUCUCUCCGAAUUCGUCCAAUUCCCAGUUGACCACUCCCUCAAGUGCCACCUCCAUCACAUCUGUACCGCCAACCUAUGCUGCACAGGUCUCUGCGACCGAGUCAUAUCCGCUGUUCGUUACCUGGAAUACGGUCUCUCGCGCUGGUCACAAGUCUCUUCGUGGUUGCAUAGGGACAUUUGAAGCCCAUCCACUCGCUACAGGACUUUCUACAUAUGCACUGACUUCUGCCCUUGAUGACACGCGGUUCUCACCGAUACCGGCUUCAUUGUUACCGGCGCUUUCAUGCUCUCUGACCCUGCUUGCAGAUUUUGAGCCUUGUAACGAUGCCAUGGACUGGACUUUAGGACUCCACGGUCUCAAAAUCAGUUUCACGUAUAGGAAUCGGAGACACGGAGCGACAUAUUUACCUGACGUUGCAGUUGAGCAAGGUUGGGACAAGGAACAGACGGUGGAAAGCCUGAUGAAAAAGGCUGGAUGGGAUGGGGGCUAUGGAACCGGCGUGGCGAGACGGCUUUUGAGAGGCUCUCAGAGGACGGAUGUGCAACAGCCCUCUAAGCCCUGGGAUGAGGUCCAAGACUUCCGUGCAGUCAGGUAUACAGGCCUGAAGGCAAGUGCAUCGUACGCGGAAUGGCAGGAGUGGCGCACAUGGGUCGAGAAGAAUGGCAACGGGCUCGAGUAA